AUGUGCGGGGUGGCGGCCGCUCGCCGCGCGCGCGCGAGCACGGCCGCCCGGGCGCGCGAGCCACGGUCGCGCGUCUGCUGCUCUCGCCGCGCCGCGCGGCUGCGGCGAUCUCUUCCGCGUGCUGCCCAGGACGGGCCCCGCCGCCUUCCACGGCCACGGUCGCGCGCUGCCUGCUCCGCCGGCGCCGUGCGCUGCUGCUGCUCCGCCGGCGCCGUGCGGCUGCUGCUGCUCCGCGUGCUGCCCAGGACCACGAUGUCGCCCUCUUGCGCAAAAGUGGAGGUGGAGCCAAUCCCCUUGCCUGGUGAUGCUAGGGACUGGUCAGAGCUACCACUUGAUGCGCUUUCUGUAAUCUUCGCCAAGCUUGGGGCCAUUGAAAUUCUGAUGGGUGCGGGCCUUGUGUGCCACUCAUGGUUGGAGGCUGCCAAGGUCCCUGAGUUGUGGCGAUUCGUGGACAUGACCCGUCAUAAGCUGAUUUUCAAGAAGGACAACAGGGUUAUGUGUGCAAUGGCUAAGGUAGCUGUAGAUCGGUCUGCUGGGAAGCUGGAGUCGUUCUGGGGUCAGAAAUUUGUUACCUGUAAUCUCUUGAGUUACAUAGGGGAGAGGACAAGCUCCUUGAAGAGCAUCCGACUCAUUGGAUGCACGUCUGUUUUUUGCGAAGAAUUAUCUGUGUUUGCUGCGAAAUUCCCUUUGCUAGAGGAGCUAGAGCAUUCAUAUGCUUUCGGGAUUCUUGAAGAAUUUUACAAAUAUGUUGGCAGUAAGUGCCCACAGCUGAGAUGCCUGAGAGUCAACGCCGAGUAUGACGGAGUGCACCAGGUUAUUCAUGAUGACAGUGAGGAUGAAGAGGAGGAGGAGGCGGAGGAGGAGGAGGAUGAUGAUGAAGAUGUGAUGUGGCAGGAGAGUAAAAACGCAGAUGCAUUUGCAAUAGCUGAAAACAUGCAUGAGCUACGGAUCCUUCAGAUUUCAGGUAACAGCUUGACGAAGAAGGGUGUUCAUGACAUCCUCAAAAACUGCCCUCACCUCGAGUUGCUCGAUCUCAGUGACUGCUGGAAUGUGAAGGUUGAUGAUGGCCUCCGAGCAAGAUGGGCUCAUCUCAAACAUGUCAAGAUUACUGAAGGUCUGACCCCCUUCCAAGAGCUUCAUCUCAUUGAUGAACAUGAAGGACGAGAGUUCGUCGCUUACGAGGAUCCACCUCACGGGGAUGAUGAGAUGGGUGAUGAGUGGGAUAACUACUAUGAUGAUAUCUCUCUUCUCUCAGAUGGCUCUGAACCUGACUUGAGCAACAUUGACAUCGACGACAUUACCGCGUAUACUUACAUUCAUGAUUAUUAUGGCCUGUAG